CCUGGCUGCGCGUGCGCAGAGCUUGUUCAAUGGGCCUUAUUUAGGUUGCGCAGGCGCCCACUAGCCAUUUCGUCUCAGCCGCGCCGAAGUUGUGUUUGCAGGUCUGACUGCGGUCCCCCGUCUUGCAGUCUGAUUCGACGCCAGCACCCACUAGGAGACCAUGAUGUUGGGCACCGAAGGCGGUGAGGGGUUCGUGGUGAAGGUCCGGGGCUUGCCUUGGUCUUGCUCUGCAGACGAAGUGCAGCGGUUUUUUUCUGACUGCAAAAUUCAAAAUGGGGCUCAAGGUAUUCGUUUCAUCUACACCAGAGAAGGCAGACCGAGUGGAGAGGCUUUUGUUGAACUUGAAUCAGAAGAUGAAGUCAAAUUGGCCCUGAAAAAAGACAGAGAAACUAUGGGACACAGAUAUGUUGAAGUAUUCAAGUCAAACAACGUUGAAAUGGAUUGGGUGUUGAAGCAUACUGGUCCAAAUAGUCCUGACACGGCCAAUGAUGGCUUUGUACGGCUUAGAGGACUCCCCUUUGGAUGUAGCAAGGAAGAAAUUGUUCAGUUCUUCUCAGGGUUGGAAAUCGUGCCAAAUGGGAUAACAUUGCCGGUGGACUUCCAGGGGAGGAGUACGGGGGAGGCCUUCGUGCAGUUUGCUUCACAGGAAAUAGCUGAAAAGGCUCUAAAGAAACACAAGGAAAGAAUAGGGCACAGGUAUAUCGAAAUCUUUAAGAGCAGUCGAGCUGAAGUUAGAACUCACUAUGAUCCACCACGAAAACUUAUGGCCAUGCAGCGACCAGGUCCCUAUGACAGACCUGGGGCUGGCAGAGGGUAUAACAGCAUUGGACGAGGAGCGGGCUUUGAAAGGAUGAGGCGUGGUGCUUAUGGUGGAGGUUAUGGAGGCUAUGAUGAUUAUAAUGGCUAUAAUGAUGGCUAUGGAUUUGGGUCAGAUAGAUUCGGAAGAGACCUCAAUUACUGUUUUUCAGGAAUGUCUGAUCACAGAUACGGGGAUGGUGGCUCUACUUUCCAGAGCACAACAGGACACUGUGUACACAUGCGGGGAUUGCCUUACAGAGCCACUGAGAAUGACAUUUAUAAUUUUUUUUCACCACUCAACCCUGUGAGAGUACAUAUUGAAAUUGGUCCUGAUGGCAGAGUAACUGGUGAAGCAGAUGUCGAGUUUGCAACUCACGAAGAUGCUGUGGCAGCUAUGUCGAAAGACAAAGCAAAUAUGCAACACAGAUAUGUAGAACUCUUCUUGAAUUCUACAGCAGGAGCAAGCGGUGGUGCUUACGAACACAGAUAUGUAGAACUCUUCUUGAAUUCUACAGCAGGAGCAAGCGGUGGUGCUUAUGGUAGCCAAAUGAUGGGAGGCAUGGGCUUGUCAAACCAGUCCAGUUACGGUGGCCCGGCUAGCCAGCAGCUGAGUGGUGGUUAUGGAGGCGGCUAUGGUGGCCAGAGCAGCAUGAGUGGAUACGGCAGCCAAGGAGCAGUGAGCAGCAGCUACUACAGUAGUGGAAGCCGAGCAUCUGUGGGAGUGAACGGAAUGGGAGGGAUGUCUAGCAUGUCCAGUAUGAGUGGUGGAUGGGGAGUGUAACUGGCCCUGGUCACUGACUCUUGGUCAACAUUUUUUAAAAGAAAAACUUAAGUUUUAACAGUUUUGCAAUACAAGCUUGUGAUUUAUGCUUACUCUAAGUGGAAAUCAGGAUUGUUUUAAAGACUUAAGGUUCAGUAUUUUUGAACACACAUUCAUCUAGGAUGUAACAACUAGGUUGAGUAAACUAUUACUGUUAAAUAAUUUUCAGCUUUUCUCAAGUUAGUUCUAUUGUAGGAUGUACUUAAGCAGUAAGUGUAUUUAGGUUAAAGCAGUUGAAUUAUGUUAAAUGUUGCUCUUACAUCACAUUACAUUGAACACUGUCUGGAUGCAUGUUGAAAGACAUGCUUUUUUUUUGUAAAACUCAAUAUAGGAGCUGUGUCUACAAUUAAAAGUGAAACAUUUGGCAUGUUUGUUAAUUCUAGUUUCAUUUAAUAACCUCUAUGGCACGUAAGUUUAAGCUUUUUUUUUUAAGUUAAUGGGGGAAAUUUGACACGCAAUACCAAUACUUUAGGAUUUUGGUCUUGGUGUUUGUAUGAAAUUCUGAGGCCUUGAUUUAAAUUUUUCAUUGUAUUGUGAUUUUCCUUUUAGGUGUAUUGCGCUAAGUGAAACUUGUCGAAUAAAUCUUCCUUUUAGAAACUG